AUGAGUUUGUCAUAUUUAGUUUAAAGGUAAAGAUUGUUAAAAUAUCAAAAUAAGUCCUUUAAAGAGGUUUUUUAGCACAGAUAUUAACAUCUAAAAUAUGUUUAUAUGGUUCCUUUGUCUAUUAAUUAAGACGAUUCACUUUAAUUAUAAAAGGAACAGUAUUAUGAAGUAAUUGUUCAUUUGGAAAACAAUUAUUUAUUGAAGGUUCCUCUAGAAGUAAAUGCUACUACAUUAGAAUAAAAAAUAGCUAUACCAAUUUAUAAAUAUGGUGUACCUUGUGAAAAAUAAAAGAUUAAAGAAAAUAGACAUGCUGUAAAUUUUCAGAUUUAUGUUUUUAUAGAAGGUAAUGGAAAAUGAUUAUGUGAUAUCUCAAUAAUUAAUAAUUCAAGAUGUAUCAAUAAUGGAUUCAUAUUAUGAAGAAUAUAUACAAUGUAUGGAUGAUAGAGAAAGCACAGCAUCUUUUGGCAGUUAAAUAGAUUUAUCACCAACAAAAAAUAGAAAAAAAAAUUUUUUAAAAUCUUUAUUUAAAAGCAGCACCAAUUCAAAAUAAGAAUAACUAGAAGAAAAGAAUGAAUUUAUCUUCAGUACACAAUUUGUAAUAUUUACUCAAAUAAUUUUAAGUAUUUAAUGGCUGUUGGAUUUGUAAAUAAAAUUUAAGUAGUCAAAGUUUUUUUUGGUAACAAAUUAAAUGAAGAACAAUCAAAAAUUUAGUUAUUAUUGAAUUUUUAAAGGCCUGAUGCUUUAAUCUAUAAUAUACUUUUUAAUUAACCUUAAGCAAAUGAUUAAUGUCAAACUAGAUGUUCUUGUGCUUGGGGUUUAGGUAGUUUUAAGGAGACUAAUAAGAGAUAUGUACUUUUAAUUAUUAAUUGGGGAUACAGAGAAUAUUAUGCUUUUAAAGUGAUGUCUAGUGAUUACAAAAUUUAAGUAAUUUAAGGAGGGCACUUUUAUAAUUCUGUUGAUUUAACUUACUUAAAAGAAUUUCCUGUUGUAUGUAAUUUUAUAACUAAUUCUGUGUUUUUUUCAGUUCUGCACAAUAAAUUAAAUUAGACAAUUGUAAAGUUGAUGACAACCUCUUAAUUUGAAUUUGGUGUACCAUUUAAUUUGAGUUAAAUAGAAAAGCAUUUUAAUUAAGAGAAGAAUAUCUAAACAUUACAAAGUGGUCAAUACAAUCCAAAGUUUUAUACCUUUAUAAGGGAUAAUAAAAAAGAGGUUAUCAUAAAUUAAGGUGUAAUGGAUUCAAUUAAUGAUGGAUAUUAGAGAUCAAAUGAUAUUACUUUGAAUUUUAAGUAAUUGCAUUCUAAUUGUAAGAAUUAUAAUUAUAUUUAGUAUAAAUAAUCUAUAAAAAUGAACAAAUUUAUAUUUUAAAUGGAACAGAAUUAUAAUCUAUUCGUCUAAAGAAAUGGGAUGAAUUAUUAUUUGAAUAAAGUGAUAAUAAUGAAUGGGAGAAGUGUUUUCAAACAGCAGUAGAUAUACAUAAAGGUUAUUUGACUUUAUUAUGUAAUAUUCCUGAAAAUGAUAUUCAAAGACAUUAUUGUAUAAAAGAAACAUGCUGUAAAUUAGGAUUGUAAUAUAUGUUAUCUCAAUUACCUAAUAAAUAAUUAAAAAAUAGUAAGUCAGUUUUAACUAUCAUGCAUUUCUUAAUAAAAACUUAAAAUGAAGAAUAUUUAUUUGAAUCAAUUGAAGACCUCAUGGUAGGAUGUGGUUAUCGAAAUGUAUUUUAUGAUUAUUUAAGAGAAUUAUUACAAUAAUAAUAAGUUAAUAUACCCUAUUAGCAUUAAUUAAAAGUUUUGAAGAUGUUUAUAGAAAUGGAUGAUAAAGAAAUUUGUACUAAAUUAAUAAUGUCAAUUUAAAAUAUAUAGAGACAUGAUCCAAAAGGAUUAAUAGAUUUUUGUUUAGAAGAAGAUCUAAUUGAACCAAUGAUGCAUAUUUGUUCUUAAAUAAAUGACUUUUUAACUCCUUAUCUAAGAAUUAUAACACUGCUUAGCAUUCUUUCAAGUAAGAAUGUUUUAACUGAUGAAGAAAACAGAAGUAUUACUACUUUGAGUUUAGAUUAAUGCAAAACCUAUUUAUUUAGGUAUUUAAAUAAAUUAAAUAAGUUUUUUAUCAUUUUGCUUUACUGGAUAGAAUCAAUAGAAUCCAGAGUCAUUUUUUACUGAUCGACAGUUUAAAUCAAUGUUUAAAGAUUUAUUUGAAUACUUGUUUGAUAUGCAAAAUUUAUAAAAAUUAUUUGAGAUAGAUUACAUAAAGACAUUAGAAGUUUUUCUAUAAAUAUUUUCUGAGAGAAUACAGGAAAAUUUUAAGUAAUUUAUAAAUGAAGGGAAGGAAAUAAAAAUAGAAUUAUCUAAUGAUAUAAUGAAUGGUUUUUUACCAGAAAUAUUGAGUAAUAAUAAGAAUUAACAUUAGAUCUUGAAUAAACAGAGCAUCAUCUGAUGAUUUUAUCAAAAAUAUAUAUAUUGAUAAAGAUGGCAGAGUAGACAUACUAUGGUAGAUUAAAUAAUGGGAAACUAAUAGAAGUAUAUAUGUAAUAUUCUUGUGCAUUUUCAGCCAAUGUAUUUGCAAUAUGUCCAAUAUUUUUUAAUGUGAAUCAUAUUAUGGUUAACCUUAUGAAUUAUAUGAAUUUAUUUAGAUAAUAGUAAAAUACAUUAUUUGAUAUAACUUGGAUUUUGAGAGGAAAAGCUUAAAAGGAUUUAUCAGGUGAAUUAGUAAAGAAUGAAUUUUUACAUAAAGUGAUGCUGAAAGUAGAGAAAUAGUUUGAAGGGUAAUUUAAAUUAUUGGAAGAAUUACGUUAAAAGGCACAAUAGAACAAUUGGUAUUGAUAGAAUGAAAUAUAAAAUAGGAAUUGGAUGGAAGCAUUUUGUUUAAUAAAAAUGAAACGUUUACCUGAAGCAUUUUAUUUAUAUAUGAGAAAUCCAGACCCAAUGUUAUCUGAUCGUGUUUUUACAGCAUUGGCUAUUUAAUUAAGAUCAAAACAAUAAGAUGAAUUUAUUUUAGAUUGGAUUUAUAAGAAUUUAGGUUUACUUGCUGCAGAGAAUUGUCAUAAAUUAUUUUAAUUACUUUAUACAUAUAAAAAAGAUGAUCUAUCAGAAGUAUUUAAAGAGCUUAAAUAAGUUGGAGUUGUGUUAGUGGAUAAAAAAAUAAAGAAUUAACAUUAGAUAAAUCUUUUAUAAGGAUUUAUAGAAUAUUUAAAGCCAAGAAUGUAAAUAAGUGAGAAUCUUUUAAAGAUAUGA